AUGGGGGACCUUUUAACAUAUCUUGACAAGACCUUACCCAACACGGACGACCUGAAAAAAGACCUGACGAGGACAGAAAUCGACCAAGGACUGAAACGUUUUAAGAGGGGGGAGGUGAUCCACCCGGACCAAACCUGUGCCUUGCCCGGAAGGAAGAUCACGGACAGCCUGAUACUGAUCCGAGAUGCCAUCUGUUAUGCGAGAGACAGAAAUAUGCGGCUUGUCGUCCUAAAUUUAGAUUUUGAAAAAGCCUUUGAUCGGGUCUCGCACCAGUACCUCUUUAAGACUGGCACAGGUCUUGAGAAGGGACCAACGGAUCAGUGGGGUGGGUAUCCCGGGGAGUGGGGGGAUGACCGCCAAGAACGGGAACCAGUGUGUCCAGUGCGAGGGCUCGCUAUAGGCGAGCCCACAACGGUCUGGCGCAACGUGGCCCAUCCUGCUCUCCUGAAUCGGCAUCGGGACCUGUCCUGGAUGGUUGCCCACGAGAUCCUCCCGGUCAGGGCCGUUAUGCACUCACGGGGCAUGGCGAGGACAUCCGCGUGCCCCCGACCGGGCUGCGGCCAAGAUGAGUCGGUGAGGCACAUGCUCUGGGAGUGCAGAGCCGCCAGGGACCUGUGGAAGGAAGCAGGCCCCCUGAUCACCUCGUGUCUGCCAGCAGGGGAGGACCUAACACCUCAGCUCGUGCUGUACGGGGUGGGCCGAAGGCCCAUUCCACCGAAGGCCUUCACCAAGUUCUGGCCCACCCUCACGUGUCUGAAGGAAGCACUGUGCUCCUCCCGUAACCUGCUGGUAGCAAAAAGCGUAGAGACCACCCCCCAGGCAGUGGCCAUGGUAGCCACGGAAGCCCUGGGGUGGUACGAACGGAAGGGGGCCUCGACCCCAGGCGAAGGGUCCCCCACAACACCCUAGGUCCCGGCGGCCACGGCCUGACAGCGCUGCGGCGCCUAGGGCGAUGCGCCUAGGGGAGGGAUCUCCUCUGGGCCCCGAAGGACGGGACGAUGGUCUAUUCAGGAGAGCAGGAUGAGGCGAGCUUGAUAAGGACUCACCCCGCUCCUGUACAAGCGAUUGAAGACAGCCUUUUAACAAAGUGACUUUUUAACAUGUUUCUAACGUCUUAAAAAUGUUUUAUCUUUGUUGAAUCAUUUCGUACACAUUUUAAAUGGCUUUUACAGAUUUGAUGUUUUUACAAAGAAAGUACUUUUAUUCACAGUUGUUGUCAAUGGUUUUAACAAUACGUACUUUUAACAAAUUUAAAUGUAAAUUUCAAAUGCUGUGUUUUAUGCUUUGUUGCCGUUUUUAUGUGUAUAAAUGAUUAAAUGAAUGUACGAGCUGUUUUUAA